AGCGUCCAACACAGGCCGCUCCCGAGCGUAGUUGAUGAGGGUGGGAGACGAAGGAGGCCAAGCGCGGUGCGGCGAGGUGAGGUGCGGUGCGGUGCGGUGAGGUGCGGUGAAGGAGUGAAUAAGGCAGCAAUGCGAGAUGCAAGAAGGAGAGGGAAGUGGAGUCGCGGUGAUGGGCGACGGCGAGGUGGCCGCUAGUCCUACACCGGUGCCCACGUACUGAGCGAGCAAGGAAACGGACGAUCGCGAGCGAGGCGGUGCGCUAUUUGAUGCACGGGGAAACGGCGUGCAUGAAGUCAUUCGUCCAAGGGAGCUAACUUUUUACCCGAAUGUCUAAACUGCCUAGGACUGAUUGUUCCACGCAUUUCCGCCCCCACGCAGCUUCUCGCUUGCACAUUCCUCGUCCGCAAGGAUGGACUGACGGCGGGAUGGUGGAUGGUGGCCCUGAGGCUGUCAACCAACCUCACCGUCCUGUCGUGGUUGUGUUGUUGUCGCCUUCGUUUCAUCGCGUCGGUGAUCUUCAAUCCAUGUCACGUCGACGGAUGACUAACCCCGCCGGACACGAACGCGUGGGCUCGAGUGCAGCCCGUGCGCCUCACCCUCAAACACUCGGCUCUGUCCUGGUCCUACGGUUGAGAUGGGCGAGACAGGCAUCGUGUGUGUCCAUGUUCGGCAUUCGACCGAAGCAUCUGCUGCCUUUUAGCGACGCAUACUCGGUAGAGAGCCAUCCGGUCCGCUGGCAUAGGGCGGUGCAUAUUGUGUCCAAAUAUAACCCAAUUUUAAGCUUUCGUCCAUGAUUGGACCAGUCGAGUCUUGGAGUGGAGACCCCGCAUCUCCCUCAGGCA